AUGUUUCAUUCAAAAAAGCAAAAAAAAAACGUGAUUAAAAAGGAUAAUAAAAAUGUAUCGACAAAGUUCAAUAAAGCAAAGUUAACCAUAGGUUCUUCUGUGGAAGUUAAAUCGCAAGGGUCAGCCGAUUAUUGUCUGUAUCAAAGUCAAUGUCGUUUAAAGGCAGCCUGGGCCAAUAUUAUUAAACGAUAUAAAGACAUUUCAGCCGAAGAAACUGAUGUGAUAGACUUGGCAACCGAAGAGGUUGUUGUUGAUAGAGGAAUCUUGCAAAAAGGUACUAUACGUUAUGUUGGAACUUUAUCAAAUUUACACACUUCGAAAUUUACACAAGAAGACGCAGAUGAUGAUACCGUUUGGCAACCAGAUCCAAAUUUGUAUGAAGAUGAUAAUUUUGAAAAGCGAGAUUCUAUAAGGAAAAGAAAUAAUAAAACUAGCGAUAAAACUGAUAAUAUAAAUAUAAUAAAGAUGAUCUUAGAAGCAUCAAAUGAAAGUUCCAAAUGUUCAGAAUCAGAAUCUAAUGAGAUCUCUUGUUAUGAGGAGUCAUCUGGAAACGUGACAAAUAUGGAAGAAAUAUCCGAAGCUUUUAACAACGAUGAUUCAUAUUCUAAAAGAGAAUUAUUUGUAACUCGGGAUGAACAAUUGGAUUCUGAAAUUGCUUCGCCUGUUGAUACAAUCUCGUCGUCACAAAGAACAGAGAGUAUCACACAAUCAAAUCAAAGUCGGCUUAAAAUAUACAGUUUCGAUACGUUUGAUUCGGGACAUGAUUCUGAAUUCUAUGAUUCAGAUGAUGAGGAGAUGUGUGCACAACUGGAAAGUUUCGAUUAUGUUCAGCAAGAGACUAUGGACUUUGCACUAAACUAUUAUCAAGUAGAGCCUAUAGAUUAUUCUCAACAAGAGACGUUUCAAUUCCCUCCAAUUUCACUCACUAAGGAACAGCAACGUCUUUGGUUAGAGCCGGCAUCUGAAGAUUAUGUCGAACUAUCAACUUGGACUGGAACGUAUACGGGAUUUUUAAACUAG